AUGAGAUCUCUCGCCAUGGAAUGCGCCAGCCCUCCUGCAUGGUACCACAUUCCUCUGCUGCGAUGGCCAUGGACACGUCGUUGGAACCCACGCCGGGCGAGACUCUUCGUCGUGGUGUUCGUGGUUGUCGCUUCCACGUGCGAAGACUGCUGGGCUCGGUUUGCCAGGUCGGAGACUCGUCCUGAAAGCGUCGUCGAUUCAGGCUGGAUAUGCUGGAUUCAGAGUCUCGGUGCAAAGACGCCGCGACCCGAUUGGAUGCCGCGGUGUUUUUCACGACCCAGCACGAGGAGGUGCAAGACCCAGAAAGACGAGUGCCAUGAGCAAGUGCCAUUGAAGUGGUUGAAGCUCUUGGUGGCGCCUUUGUUGGCCCUGGCGGUCGGCUUCCUCUCCUAUGCUUGUGGGCGGCAGGGCCAAGUGCCGAUUCUGCUGAUGUACUUCGGAGCACAAACAGGAAUGAAUUUGUUCAUCAAGUACAUCGUGUCAGAGUUGGAGGUGGAUCGAGAAAAGACAGGCAUCCCAAUUGGUUUCUUGCUCACGGCGAUUCAGCAGCUGGUGGCCUUUGCGUCGUUCUGUGCGUUUUUGGGCUUCAGCCACCUGUAUCGCGGGGGCGGCUAUGGCUACUGGGACAGGGUCUGCCAGAGCUCGAAGCGGGAGCGUUUCUACGUCUUGAUCUUCAGUCUUCUUUUUGCGUUCAACAUCGGCCUCAACAACUUCAGUUUGUCGCAACUCGACAUCUCUGUGAACCACGUCAUCCGCUCCUGCUUGCCCUUGGCCACGGCCUUGUUGGAAAUGGUCUGCAGACAUCGCAGAAGAUCCGCUGCUGCGUGGUCACUGCUGGUGAUGGGCGUGGGUUGUGCCAUGGUCGCCAACUGGUGCAAAGACUCCCGAGAUCGUGGGCGCCUAGAGUCUACUCGCUUAGGCGUGCUCGCUGCCAUCUUAAGCGCCUGUUUCAACGGUGGGUACCUGGUGGUCACAAAAAUGUUGGAAGAUGAUUUGAAGCUGAGUCCGAUUGAUGCCACUUUCUACAUGGCCUUGCCAGUGAUCUUCAUCAUGAUGUGGCCGACCGUGAGAAUCGUCCACCCAACCCGCUGGAGCAACUCAACCAGUGAUGACAUGACUGACCUGCAGGUGUUCCAGGAGGUUUGGCAAACAAACCCAGCGGCAGUGGGGCCCGUCUUCUUCUCCGGCGUGCUGGCUUUUGGUUACAACGUCUUGCAGUACAAGUUGAUCUCACAGCUCGAGGCCACCAAAGCCUCCUUCGCGGCGAUCGUGAACAUGGGCAUGGCUGUGCUACUCAGCUUGGUCUCCGGCACGGAGACGCUGCCCGAGAGGCGUGUGACCUUUCUCUUGGCCAUCCUGGGCAACUUUGCGGCCUUCGCAGCCUUUGGCCGCCUGGACCGGGCGAGUGGCGCUACAGCGGAGUGA